AUGGAACACACUUCCGGAUUGAAAAAGGGCAAGAACUGGCCUGAACACAUUGACACGAAAUGUCACUUCCUGUUACAACAAGUUUGUUUACCUGGCCUGCUGGCAAACGUCGUGGUUAGAGCUGACUGAAAAGACAACAGAACAGAACCAUGACGAAUGCGUAUUCUUUUGAGGGCAUUCUCAUAGUGAGUCUGCUGGUCGUCUGUACGUGCGCCUACAUGCGGAGGGUGCCGCGGCUCCGACAAUGGUUCCUGUCAGAGAGGAAAGGAUUCCUGGGAGUUUUUUACAAAGCAUCUGUGAUAGGAACUCGCCUCCCGAUAGCAGUGGCCUUGACGUGUAGCAUGAUGGCAUUUUAUGUCAUGAUAUUGAAAUGAUGUCAGCCCAUCGCAGAGGAUGUUCAGCGUGUACAUAGACUUAAGCAUGCCAGAGAAGUUUGUGUGACUUUUGGAGGUGAUACUCAUCUGUUUCCUGUUGACGUUGUUGUGAUUUGAGGGAGCACAUUUUUAGAAGCUACGGUUCUGAUGGGAUUGUACAGUGAAGCAUGUCGUAUGAUGAGAACGAAUGAAUUAAAUUGUUGGUAUUUUGUGUAAAAGGGAUAUAAUGUGGCCAUCUCACCGCAAAUUUAUUCUUGGUUGUUUGUUUUUUUUAGUAAACCUUGACUUAUUAUAUGUUUCCUCAAAUAUACAUGUAUUAAAAUCUGUAAUUAAGUUUGGUAUUUUGAACUGAUAAUGAAACUGUCUUCGAUGUUUAUUCAGAUGAGGCUAUCAUGUAUUCUAUUGCUGGCUGGGCGUGUUGAGCUCUGCUUCCCUCUCGGUUGUGUGACUUCUUGUACGACUCACAAGUGACAGGUCCACUGCCAAACCUUUCCAACAAGGGCUGCCUAUGUCGUUACAAGAUUUGACUACUUGAGUCUAAUGCUUUAUGGGAAGCUUUAUGCUAUCCUGUACCUACUCCUUUUUUCCAGUUUUGACGAAAGUCACUUUGGAAGCACUGAGUGACAGUGUUGAAGAGGGAGUUAGUAUGAAAUUAUAAACUGAAAUUCUACAGAACACUGGCUUUGCCAUAUCAUUGUAAUUUAGGCUGAAAAGGAAGGAUUUAUCAAGGGCCUUGACAGAUGUGGAAAAAGCUUAUAUAAGUCUGAAAUUAAAAUUACAGUAGUAAAAGACAGCAUUCAGCUCAUACUGUGGAUGCUCACAACAGCUGAAACAAACCUUCGUGUGUGCCUCUGUUUGGUUUUUUAGGCCAAAGGAUGAGUGCUCUGGUGCUGGUUUUUUGGUCUUUUUUUUCUAAGUUCUUCUAGCAGUUGUGUGUAAAUUAAUGUCCCUACUUAAAUAGUUUGAUUAUCAAAAGGGUGAAUUUGCUGUUCUGUCUGUUGCUACUAUGAUGGACAAUGGUGUGAGCAGCACCACUUCAUCAACUCCUAUUUAGGUCAACUUCUCACCCUGGUGGCUUGGCCUUGUUUAGGAUAGAUGUUUUGGGGACGAGAGAUGCCCAUGAUCAUGGUUCACCAUUCAUUUCUCUACUCUGAUGCUUUAAAGAAAACAACUCAUUAUCCUGGUCUUUCCCCGCCAUCUGUCUAUUAAUCUUUCCCAGUCAAAAAUUUUUAAAAUCUGAAAUAAACCUAGGUUACAGGAUCUUUUUGCAGAGUGAAUGUGAAAA